UCUGUCCCAAGGUCUGAAAAUAGCUUCCUGUUAAAAACAUGGCAGCCGCUGUGGGUAUGUCAAAACAGCCCCUCUCUCUGCUCUCUUGCAGCAUAAAGCUUGCCCGGUUCCAGGAUGGAGAUUUCUUCCCACCAAUCCCACCUCCUGCAGCAGUUAAAUGAGCAGCGCCAGCAGGACCUGUUUUGCGACUGCAGCAUCCUAGUGGAGGGGAAGGUCUUCAAAGCCCACCGCAACGUCCUCUUUGCCAGCAGCGGCUACUUCAAAAUGCUCCUCUCCCAGUGCUCCAAGGAGGCCGGCCAGCCCGCCACCGCCACGUUCCAGGCCUUUUCCCCAGAGACCUUUUCUGUGAUUCUGGAUUUUGUGUAUUCAGGCAAACUCUCCCUCACUGGCCAGAACGUGAUCGAGGUCAUGUCGGCCGCCAGCUUCCUGCAGAUGACCGACGUCAUCAGCGUCUGCAAGACGUUCAUCAAGUCCUCCCUGGACAUCAGCGAGAAGGAGAAGGACCGCUAUUUCAGCCUCUCGGACAAGGAGGUCAGCUCCAACGGGGUGGAGCGCUUGUGCCUAUACAGUGCCGGCUGGAGAGCGGAGUCCAGCCCCCCCCGUUCCCACCUGAGCCCCGACCGAGGGACCUGCGUGGUCAACAGCAACUCUUGGACAAACUUCAGCUACUAUCCACCUGGUCCAAGAGCCACCCAGCCUCUCUCCAAGCACGACCAGAGGCAGGAAUCCCUGAGGAAGGGCAGGCACCUGGGGCUGGCCCAGCCUGCGGACGGCCCCCCCUAUAAAGCGAACAAGCUGGAAGACCGGGCUUCUGCUGAGCAGGCAAGCCACGCUCCUCCCUCUGAAGAGGAGCUCCAGGUGGACUCGGAAGGGGAUUCCUGUCCCGCCAGCUACCAGUACGGGCAGGGCUCAGAUGCCGUCGCAAGAGGGCUGGCUGUGCCUCAGCACGAGCACGAAUUGCCCCAUUCUGCCAGCAAGUCCAAGUCUUCCAAAGCCGAAGAGCCGUACCCCAGCAUGCCCUCCGUCCUGGGGGUCAUGGGGAACUGGGCUGAGG